ACUGUUUGGAGGACAACUUAAACACGCGAGUGUGCGCCAGUGUUCCAAAGCUGUUCUCAGCCGGAAUCUCAGAUCUUUUUUCCUAAUUUGUUACCUUCUCUGAGCAGGAUAAUCUCCGUUUCGGUGUUCCACCUAUCGCCCAGUGACCGUUGAAUCCGAAACGGAUCGUAUCUGGAUUCAGAAUGCUUGCUGCGCGUAAAUUUCUACAGAUAGCUGCACUGCAGACGCGGAACUUCCAUCGGAUGACUUUCCCGCUACUCAAUAAGAAAGAGUUCGAAGUAACUUUCGUUCGAGAGUCCGGAGAGAAAAUUAAAACGAAGGGCAAGGUCGGAGACAGCCUUUUCGACGUGAUAGUCAAUAAUGACAUAGAUAUCGACGGUUUCGGAGCUUGUGAGGGAACCUUGGCGUGCUCGACAUGUCACCUAAUAUUCAAGCCUGAAGACUAUGAGAAGCUCAACGAGAAACCCACAGACGAAGAGCUCGACAUGCUGGAUCUUGCUUACGGGCUGACAGAUACUUCGAGAUUGGGGUGCCAGGUGUUCCUCACCGAAAAAGAAUCUGGAAUGGAAGUUAAGGUUCCUGCCGGAGUGAACGAUCAGAGAGCAGCGUGAUCAAGAUCAGUGUCGAUGACGACAGUCGAUCUCCAACUGUCAUUGUGUGUCGAUCACAGCAGUAGUACAAAUGAUGCCUUGACGCAUAAGGGAAAUCAGCCGCGGAAGCUGGUUCGAGCGACUAUUUCUGGUUGACUGUGAAGUUUUGUACCGACGAUGUAGGUUAUUUUCAAAUUCUUGCUUUUGAAUCACGUGAGCGCGGGAGUGUCAGAUUCAGCCGGAGUAAGGUCCGACUCCAGAGGGAAACCACAACGGCGCAUGGAAGGUGAUCUAGAUACCGACGGAGUGUCACUCUUAGCUGUACAUAACUCUUUCCGAGGAAUUCAUCGAGAAAAAAUCGACUCAAAGAUUUAGGAGAAUAUUAAUCAAUCAAUUUCGCAAAUGUUGGUUUUCUGGAGACCGGAGAAUAUAAUAAAAGAAAGU